AUGGCGAGCUUCUGGGAACCUGACGUUCAAACGGAGCCAGCUCAGCUCCAGACCUGUGAUCCUCUCUGUGUUUUGUCUUUGGCUGAAGCCGAGUCUUCCUGCUUCACACGGACCCCCGCUCGGCCAGACAAAACCAGCGAAGCUGCUCGGACGCUUCAUGAACACAGGGAUCAAACAAACCCCGAAGCUUGGCCCACUUUAGCGUGA